GCUUCAAACGGACUAGAUCUAGGCAUACCGAGUAGACACAAGUCUGAGAGAAGCGCACAGAAGGACUAUCCCCAAUCAAGAAGAAACAGCGGAUAAAAUGAAAAGGAAUCACGAUUUCAGUUCCUCGGACAGCGAGCUUGAUGAAAAUAUCGAAGUUGAGAAGGAGAGUGGUGACGAAAAUGGGAAUCUCAGUUCGCCUCUUGGGUCGAUGUCUCCACCGACAACAACGCAGGUGCAAGCACGGAAGCGUCGCCGAGGAAUCAUUGAGAAGCGUCGCCGUGACCGGAUUAACAACAGCCUCUCCGAGCUUCGAAGACUGGUUCCCAGCGCAUUUGAAAAGCAGCAGGGUUCAGCUAAACUGGAGAAAGCAGAGAUUCUGCAGAUGACGGUGGAUCAUUUGAAGAUGCUUCACGCUGCUGGAGGCAAAGGUUACUUUGAUGCCCACGCCCUGGCCAUGGACUACCGGGGGCUGGGGUUCAGGGAGUGCUUGGCCGAGACAGCCCGCUACCUGAGUAUCAUUGAGGGACUGGACAGUACCGACCCACUGCGCAUCCGCCUUGUGUCCCACCUCAACAGCUAUGCAACCCAGAGGGAGGCCCACUCCGGUCUAGGUCACUUGGCCUGGGGGUCCGCCUUCGGUUCCCCCCCUGCUCACCUGGCUCACCACCUCAUGCUCCAGCACCAGCACCAGCAGCAGCAAGGGGCCGCGCUAGCCACGAUAGCAUCGUUAGCGUCGCUGCCCCGUAGUGCCACCAAUAGCCCAUCCACCUCGUCCUCCAGCUCCUCCUCCUCCUCCUCCUCCACGCCCUCCUCGUCCUCCCCGUCCUCAUCCACCGAGACUCACGUUCCCAGCAGGCUGGGCGGCGGGACGUCCCAUUCGGAGCACGCCCAGGGGCCGAUCCGCAUCCCCCCCUCGGCCGCCUCAGCCAGCGCGGCAGCCCACUCCCUGGGGAUGAGCCCUUCUUCGGCCGUGUCCAAGCUCUCCCCCCCUCUCCUGUCCUCCCUCUCUGCCUUUCCCUUCCCCUUCAGUGCUUUCCCCCUUCUCGCCCCCUCUUCCUCCACCACCCUCAGCCCCCCCGCCCCUGCCGCCAGCCUAGGAAAACCCUACAGACCCUGGGGCAUGGAAAUAGGUGCCUUCUGAACGUGUAACCCCAACCCCUUCUUCCUGGACUGAACUCAAUCCGGCUGAGCUGGACCUACACAAAACAAGAUUUGACUUUUACAAAAAAAAAGUUACAAAAAAGUUUUGGGUUUUCUAUAAUACUGGCAUCCUGUAAAGGAGAUAGCUAUAGGAUUUGUAUUUCCUCUAGAGAAUUGUGAUUUCUUAUGUUAAAAAAGAGGAAAAAAUGACAGUAAAAAGUGUUUUACAGUGUU